CCAUGUCGUAGUAAAACUGAAUCCCCAAAUCUUUCUCCUUCACGACUUCACCCUUUCGCGCUCGCGGCCAUUCUGCGUAGGAAUUCAGUAAUUCCAAGUUUCCAAACACCGCUCCGUCAAUUUCCACCAUGCACGUUCCUCCUCUUCUCUGUGUCAUCAAUUCAGUGCUCUCCUUUAUAUUGUAGAAACAUUCUUUAGUGAAGGGAGGUUAUGCGGGCAAUAGUUCAUCCUUCAUCCCUCAGCAAAUUUUGUCUCGUAAACGGUCGUAGACAAGCUGAACCACCGAUAAAAUGGAAGGAAGUGAUCUGCCAUGCUCUGAUGCUGAUGAGUUGAAGCCUUCGCAUGCCAUAGAAAAUAGAGACCGUAUAAGUGGUUUACCAGACACAAUACUCCAUCACAUUUUAUCUUUCACCGACACGAAAUACGCAGUUCAAACAAGCAUUUUGUCGAAAAGAUGGAAGCAUGUCUGGACUUCUCUGCCAUAUCUGAACUUCGAUCAAAACCUUUUUUGGGAGCCCAAGCCCGUAAGAGGCGAAGAAGACCGCAGAACGAACCGCUUUAUGGAUUUCGUGGACCGGGUUCUUCUUUUUCGAGAUGGUUCCAAUGUACUGAAAUUCCAGCUUUCCUGUGGCAGUUGCAUGAAUAUUGGUCGUGUUGUUACAUGGACUCACAUUUUAGUAAGGUGUAACAUCCAAGAGCUUGAUUUUGACAUCUCUGCUGAUGAAUCAGUGCAGUUGCCUGACUGUCUCUUUACCUGCAAGUCGUUGAGAGUAUUAAAAUUGAGUUUGGGUUCAAGGCAUCCCGUGCUUGUGAUACCCAAUUCUACGGUUGUACUUAGGUUCAAGGUUAUACAUAUUAGAUCACUUCUGCAUCCUAUGUCACUUUUACCCAGGCUCAAGGUUCUACAUCUUAGAUCACUUUCUUUGAUGGACGGAGAUUUAAUUGAUGAUCUCUCUUCGAAGUGCCCGGCUUUGGAAUCUUUAAUAAUUACAAACUGCAAAGUUAAGCGUCUGGGUAAUCUCAAUAUUACUUCCCUUCUGCUUAAGAAUUUGGUUAUAGAAAUUUGUCACGAGAAAUUGUAUAUUGACGAGGAUGAGUUUGAAGAUUUUGAUCGUCCAGACAAAUGCAAAAUCAAAAUAUCUGCUCCGAAUCUUUUAUCAUUUAAAUGUAGCGAUUACAUCACAAGAGAGUAUUAUCUGGGGAACCUCUCUGAGAUAAUCAAUGCAGAUAUUGACUUCUACUUGGAUCAUAAUUCUUAUAUUGACAUUGGAUCCCUUUCUUUACGAAGGAAGAAAAAGCAUGCUAAUUGUCUGAUCAAAUGGCUUAAAGGGCUUUAUAAUGCAAAGUAUCUAAUAUUCUCCUUUUGGUCUCUCAAGAUUAUCUCAGAAGUCUUUGAUCUGUUGGAAGAAGCUCUGCCUGCUCCAUUUCCUAAUCUAAAUUAUCUGAAGCUUAAAGCACGGCCUUGUUGUGGAAUGAUUUACUUACUCAAUGGAUCUCCCAGUAUAGAGACGCUUGUCUUGGAAAUAAUUGAGGAGAAAAUCCCAUGGCACCCAGUGGAGGGAAAUCGAAAUGAGGAGAAGUUAGAUUUAUCAGUCAACUAUUGGGAAUCACAGUUUCAGUUUCUAGGGACAUUGAAUCACCUCAAGUAUGUUGUGAUAUGGAAUUUUUCAGGACAUGUCCAUGAAGUCGUGUUGCUUAAAUUCUUGCUGACGAAUGCAGUUGUCUUGGAGGAACUUGUUAUUCACCCUUCAGAGGGAUGGAAACAUGAUAGUGAUACAGGGGAAAGGCUUCUUAAAGUUGGUGACGAGAUCAAAAAAUUUUCACGAGCCUCUGCAAGUAGUAUCAGAAUACUCUCAUUUCUCGGCUGUUCACUAUGAUUUGAUCUUGUGAUACAAAAACAUUUUAUUCUAAAGUUCCAUAUGUUUUCUUUUUAUAUUAUUAAGUUUACAUGCAUUUUCACACUUAAGAAUAUGUAUUAGUUUUUUAGGCUAUUGAGCUCAUGGUUAAAGAAGAUGAUUAGAGCUUUUAGACGGGCUAAUAUUGAAUGUUAAUUGGACCUUCCAUGAUACAGUGGCAAUGGGAUGUUGGUGCUGAAGCUAUAGCUAUGAGCCAAAAAUGGUUAUAAUGUCUGUAAACAGAACAGAAUGAUGAUUUUUGUUUUUAGUAGAAAAAUUGAAUGAUGGUUGAUGUCCAUCGUAUUGAGAACAAUGGAUUUUAUUUAGAAGAUUUUCUAUUAUGUGUAUAUUGGAAUUAGGUAUGCCAUGUACUGUUCCUUUUAACCACCAAAUGACAUUAUUCUCUUUCUCUUGUUCUUUUUC